AUGGCCUUCUUCAUCUGCAACGUCGCUCAAUUCUGUCCAGAAUAUGCUGAUUCCUCGACCUCGAACAAGAGGCCUAGAAAAGCACGAGCUGAUGAUGACUAUAUUGAUGUCGACGACGACUUGUACGAGCAGAAUGCCACUCAGUCUUCUCAGGUUCCACGCGGGGCCACAAUCAAUCUGAGUGCGCUCACUCGGAAGCUAGCUCAGACACAUCGGGUGGGAGAUGGCGACGGGCCUCCACUAAGUGCCCACCGCCGUCAACAGGAGAACCUUGUAUCCCACAUCUUUAGCGACCAGGACUUCUCCUGGCUUCAUCUCAAGCCCGAUCACGCAUCGCGUCCUCUCUGGAUCAGUCCUGAGGAUGGCCAUAUCAUACUGGAGGCCUUUUCGCCCAUUGCAGAGCAGGCACAAGACUUUCUCGUAGCCAUCAGCGAACCUGUCAGCAGGCCAAGUUUCAUUCAUGAAUACAAGCUUACGUCGUAUUCACUAUACGCCGCCGUCUCUGUUGGCCUGCAGACUGAGGACAUCAUAGAAGUCCCGGUUCCGGAGGCCAUCAUCACGUUCAUACGCGAAUGCACGCUCUCAUAUGGCAAAGUCAAGCUUGUACUCAAGCACAACAAGUACUUUGUCGAGUCGAGUCAUCCCGAGACUCUUCAGCUGUUAUUGAAGGAUUCGAUUAUUCGGGACGCCAGAGUUGUCUCUCGAUCGAAUGAGACUAAUAAGAUGACUACCUUUACCACGGCAAAAGCCCCCGUGAAGGGAAAUCUGGUCAUCCCAGGUACCAAAGAUACCGAGAAGAAGAACGACGAUGCCUCCAAGACCAGUAGUGCGUCCGUCGGUAACGGGAACACAGACGCAGAGCUAUUCACAUCAGUAGUCGGGGUUGAUGGUGAUGAAAUUGACGAGGACGAUGACAACGUCCACGCUUUUGAGAUCGACGAUGCAAAGAUUGACGAUGUGAAAAAACGAUGCAACGAACUGGAAUAUCCAAUGCUCGAGGAGUACGAUUUCCGAAACGACACGAUCAACGCGAAUCUCGAUAUUGAUCUCAAACCGGCGACAGUCAUCCGUCCCUACCAGGAGACUAGCCUGAGCAAGAUGUUCGGAAACGGUCGCGCGCGAUCUGGUAUCAUUGUCCUGCCUUGCGGCGCCGGGAAGACCCUGGUGGGCAUCACAGCAGCCUGUACCAUCAAGAAGUCAUGCCUUGUCUUGUGCACAUCUUCUGUCUCCGUGAUGCAAUGGAAGCAACAAUUCAUGCAGUGGUCCAAUGUCACAGACAGACAGAUCGCCGUCUUUACAGCUGACCAGAAAGAGAAGUUUGCUGGGGAGAGCGGGAUCGUCGUUUCGACCUAUUCCAUGGUGGCUAACACGCACAAUCGAUCAUAUGAGUCAAAGAAGAUGAUGGAAUUCCUCACUUCAAGGGAGUGGGGAUUCAUCCUCCUCGACGAGGUCCACGUUGUGCCAGCGGCUAUGUUCAGACGGGUGGUUACCACCAUCAAGGCGCACUCCAAGUUGGGCUUAACGGCGACGUUGGUACGUGAGGAUGACAAGAUCGCGGAUCUGAACUACAUGAUUGGGCCUAAGUUGUACGAGGCAAACUGGAUGGACCUCGCAGCCAAGGGGCAUAUUGCUAAUGUCCAGUGUGCGGAGGUCUGGUGUCCGAUGACGCCCGAGUUCUACCGCGAGUAUCUCCGGGAACAAUCCCGAAAGCGGAUGCUUCUGUACUGCAUGAAUCCUAAAAAGUUCCAGGCUUGUCAGUUUCUGAUCAAGUAUCACGAAGACCGAGGCGACAAAAUCAUCGUCUUCUCGGACAAUGUCUUUGCGCUCGAGGCUUAUGCAAAGAAGCUCAGAAAGCCGUACAUUCACGGCGGAACUGGGCAGGUGGAGCGGAUGCGAAUCCUGCAGUUUUUCCAGCACAGUCCCGAAGUGAAUACUAUUUUCUUGUCUAAGGUUGGGGACACCUCCAUCGACCUUCCCGAGGCGACAUGCCUGAUACAGAUCUCCUCGCAUUUCGGCUCACGGCGGCAGGAGGCACAGCGAUUAGGUCGCAUAUUACGUGCAAAGCGCAGGAACGACGAAGGCUUCAACGCGUUUUUCUAUUCGCUGGUGUCGAAGGACACGCAGGAGAUGUUCUACAGCACGAAACGGCAGCAGUUCUUAAUCGACCAAGGAUAUGCUUUCAAAGUGAUCACGCAUCUGGACGGACUGGAGGGAAUGCCGGAUUUGGUGUACAAGUCUCGGGACGAACAGAUCGAGUUGAUCUCUUCUGUGCUGCUAGCGAACGAGAGCGCGGCGGAGCUGGGGACGGACAUUCGCGCUGGCGAAGGGGACCUUGCAGGGACCAUCACUUCGAAAGAUUUCGGGGGCCCGCCUGGCAAGUUCGGAGCUGCGCAGCGGACGACUGGGUCGUUGACGGCGUUGAGCGGGGCGCAGCACAUGUCGUACGUCGAACAGAACAAGAGCGCGAACAAGAAACUCGCGCGGGAGGCGGCGCCACGCCACAAGCUGUUUGCAAAACGAGAUCGGGAGGUAGCAGCAGCGAAGAAGGAAGCCCGUGCGUCGGGGCGGGCUGGGUGAGGUGUGGAGAGGGCGUGCCUAGGUCUGUCGGAAAUUCGGCGGGCAUAGAGAGUGCUGGAAGGGAGAGGGAGAUCUUGAUCAGUGUACGGGCGUGGAUUAUAUAUUAUUGCUGUGCGGUGUCGCU